UUUAAAAUGAAUUUCUCUUAUUUUGAGUAUAAGCAUUUUUUUCAAAUGUAUAAGAGACAGUAUUCCCUGCUCUAUGUAAUAUCUAUACAUUUCUUUUGCCCGCUUUUAAUUGGGGUUUUUGGUCUUUUUCUUAUUUACUUCUAGAUGCUCUUUUAUAAACAGCAGUGCUUUGUGACUAGUUGCAAAUAUAUUGAGUUGCUGAAAUAAAUAGUAGGUGCUCAGUGUAUGAACUGAAUGGCAGGUUCCUGAUUGCUCUUCCCCUCCUUUACAGCGAUUUUAAUAGAUUUCAGAGUUUGGGCCUCAUCUGUUGAGCCAAAGCUGACACCACUCAAAUGUGCAGCCUGGGAACAGAGUUCUCCAUUUGAUUCCCAUGUACUUCCUCAUUUGAAAUCACCAGCAGUAACCUAUUUAUCAUAGAAUCUGGGAACUCGGGGGCCCUUUGUGUCUGAACUCCCACCUAAUAUAGAAAUCUCUCAUUGUGUGCAACCCCAAAAUCAGUAUGCAUGACCUAAUCCAAGCUUUUUUUCCUGGGGUGACAUGGUAAACAGGGACAUAAAAUCAAAUUAUAUUUUGCUAUAAAUUUAAUAAAUCACCCUUAAUUCAAAUAAUUACAUGAAAUCAGUGUGGCCCUGGGGAAUCUUGAUGCGCACACAGUGGGAAGGAGCACUGGCCCUGACGAGGAAGUCAGUACCACUUUUGACUUCUCUAUUUGGAAACUCUCUCUUCCCCUAGGUUAGCAGCUGCUUCUCUUGUGCUUCCUCUCAUUGAUACUGGUUUUGUCCUCUGAAGCUACCCAGAGUCAGUCUAACACGCUUCUGCCAAAGCCCUUUAAGGAUUUGGGGACAGCAUUCACAUUCCUCCUCAAAAUCCUGGCCUGGCCCAGUGGAGAUAAUCUUUCCUGUAAACUUCACUGACAUUAAUCUGGAGACCACACACCAUCUGGAAAACACUUUGGACACUUAGUUUGUCAGUGGCUCUAUUAAAAUAUAAAGCUCAAAUACUCAAGAUUGACAUGAUUAUUUUUAUAAAGUGCAAAUGUCCCAUGUGAAGAAUUUGUCUCAGCUCCAGCUGUGGUACGUGUGUGUAUGGGGGGGGGGGCUGGGUUAAGAAGCCAGUUUCUCCACUGCUGUUGGCGGUGAAGAGCAGAAAUAUCACCGCUCCCUCAGGAAUGUGCCCCCAACCACAAGUACAAGUCAUAGCUUUCACAGAGGGCCUGCAAAGUAGAAGCUCUUGCCUUUGGAGGGUGAGAGCAAAAAGGGGAAUGGGAGAGGAAAGAACCUAAGAAUUCACGUGGGGAUUCUCUGAGAGAAGAUUUCUGUCAUCUGUCAGCAGAAUAUGGUCUGUGAGGUGGGUGAACCAGUCAGAAACCUAAAAAGAGGAGCCUCUGUGUAACUGGAGGUUCAUUCCAAAACCCAAAGGUGAGCACCUGCCAUACCCCACUUUCACUUACUUUGCAUGUUGGCCGGUCACAGAGCAUAAGUAAGCGUUGGGUGAAUGAUGUUACUCCUCAGAACCAGGGAAGAUUACUUGUCCCCAUGUUACAGAUGAAGAAAGGGAGUCUCAGAGAGGUUAAGGUACCUGGCCUAGGCCACCCAGCAAGUAAACUUGUAGAGUUGAAAUUAAAACCCAUGCAGCCUCGCUGUGUUCUCCUUCACGCUGGUGCGGCCCCUGCAACAACGCCAGCCGGCCGGCUCUGUGUGGGAGCAGGCGGGAGGGAUUCCCAUGCUCCCCACUCGGGGCAGCCGGGGAGCAGCUCAGCCCCAGGCCGGGUGUGGUGGUGGCUCCUGGAAUCAGAGAGGACACUCAGGGGGACAGACUGGGUCAGAGGAAGGAGGGGCCAAAAGUGUCCCUUUGCAUCAGGGUGUGCCGGAGAGUUCUUCUCUGCUCUAACCCCGGCCAGGUGAAGUUUCCCCGCAUGGGUUUCGCUUCCGGAGCACGCUACUGUGUUCCACCUAAGCAACACCUAGAAGAGCUCUGGGGAAAUAGAACUAUUUGUGCAGAAAAAUAGGGGCCAAAGAAGGGAUAUGUUUGUGUCCCAGGUCUUAAGGCGCAUGCGCAGUCUAGUUCAGAUAAAAAGUAGUACGAGGGGCCGGGAGUGCGGAUGUGACGAAACAGGAAGUGAGAGAGGGGCUCCAAGGAAGAAGUUGAAUAGCAACAAAGAAAAAGAUUUCCUAUUUGACAACUUUGUCUGGAAUGUUAGUGGUAAUCAGGGCACCAGGAAAAGUAGUGGCUAGAAACUUCAAGAGCACAGCUUCACUUCACAUCUUUUAUGCUCCCUGCUGGAACAUAGCAGCCAUCUGCACAUCGGCACCGCACCGCUACCCCAGAUACAGCUUCAUUUCACACCACUCCCCAGCGUCCCAGCCUCCGAGAACGUACCUGUCACCGACGCCCAUCCACCGCAGCUCCCAGAGACCAGAUGCAAAAGCACAGCAGCAUUCCCGAGGCACAUGGAAGCGAGGGUGCCUGUCCUUGCUGGUGACGGUCCAGGACACAGAGCGUUAUGUCACCCUGUUUGCCUCUGUCAUCCUCAAAUGUGACUACACCACCUCUGCCCAGCUCCAGGACGUGGUGGUGACCUGGCGCUUCAAGUCCUUCUGCAAGGACCCCAUCUUUGACUACUACUCUGCAUCAUACCAGGCAGGUUUAUCCCUGGGCCAGGACCCAUCAAAUGACUGCAAUGACAACCAGCGGGAAGUUCGCAUUGUGGCCCAGCGGCGGGGACAGAAUGAGCCUGUGCUGGGCGUGGAUUACCGGCAGCGUAAGAUCACCAUCCAGAACCGAGCAGAUCUUGUGAUUAAUGAAGUGAUGUGGUGGGACCAUGGAGUGUAUUAUUGCACCAUUGAGGCUCCAGGGGACACCUCAGGAGACCCAGAUAAGGAGGUGAAGCUCAUCGUCCUGCACUGGCUGACGGUGAUCUUCAUCAUUCUGGGAGCCCUCCUCCUCCUCCUGCUGGUUGGUGUGUGCUGGUGUCAGUGCUGUCCUCAGUAUUGCUGCUGCUACAUCCGCUGCCCCUGCUGUCCCACCCGCUGCUGCUGCCCUGAGGAAGCCCUGGCCCGCCACCGCUACAUGAAGCAGGCUCAGGCCCUAGGUUCUCAGAUGAUGGAAAAACCCCUGUACUGGGGGGCGGACAGGAGCUCCCAGGUUUCAUCUUAUGCAAUGAACCCGCUGCUGCAGCGAGAUUUGUCCCUGCGGUCCAGUCUUCCACAGAUGCCAGCGACCCAGACUGCGGCUCACCCUCCCAUCACCAAUGGUGUCCUGGAGUAUUUGGAGAAAGAGCUGCGGAACCUCAACCCGGCCCAGCCUCUGCCCCCUGACCUCAAAACCAGAUUGGGCCAUCCCUGCAGCAUGCUGUCCUCCUUGGGCUCCGAGGUUGUGGAACGCAGAAUAAUCCAGCUGCCCCCACUGAUCAGAGACCUGCCAUCCUCAGGGAGGACCAGUGACUCCUCCCGCCAGCAGUGGCUCACUCCAGUUCCCUCCAGACCCUGGGAUCUGAGGGAGGGGAGAAGGCCGCACCAUUACUCUGAUUUCCAGCAGGAUUUCCAGGACCGGGGGCCAAAGCCCUGGGCAUUGGAGAGAAGGGAGCUGGACCACCCGCAGAGUGGAAGGCACCACAGCUCCAGGCUCAAUGGGUCACCCAUACCCUGGUCAGACAGGGACAGCCUCAGUGAUGGCCCCUCAUCUAGCGUGGCGCGCUGGCGUCCCAGCCGUCCCCCUCUCAGGAGCCACUAUCAGCAGAGGCCCCGCAGGCCCAGCCCCAGGGAGAGCGCCCAGAGGCGUGGGAGACGCAGGCACCGCAGCUACUCUCCUCCCCUGCCCUCGGGCCUCAGUUCUUGGAGCUCUGAGGAGGAGGAGAAGGAGAGGCAGCCCCAGAGCCGGAGGGCCCACCGCCAGCGCUCGCACUCCCCAAGCUGGCCUGAGGAGAAGCCGCCCAGCUACAGCUCACUGGAUGUCAUUCCAGGCAAGAAUGGCAGGAAAAAAGGGAGUGUGGAGAGGCGCUCGGAGAGAGGCAGCUCCCAUAGUGGAAGGAGUGUUGUCAUUUAGUCUCCAGGCACAGCACAGACUCUGUGGCUACUUCUUGGCUCCCAUGUGUCAUCACCAUCGUCUAGAUUUCCAGCUGACUUGGGCGGGACCUGCACGUCUGUAUAUAACGGUUUUGGCUUACAUUCUGAGAAUCAAAUAGAAGAAUUUUAAAAACAAGAAUUUAAGGAAUUAAUGACUGUCAUUUUAGCUUUGGUUCACACACUCUGCAUAUUUAUAUAGUCUCUGACUAGUGAUGGACCCUAACUGGGAUGUGGUCCCUCAGGAACUUAAGUAGCCUGAGUCUUUAAACUAGGCUACACUGCCCAGGACUAUGGCCAUUUUCAAAGUGAGGACUCAGAAAUUUUUAAGAAGAAAUCAAACAAGUUGGAAAUUUAUGGAGUAUUAUAGGAAAGCCCCAUGGGAACUUGUCUCCCUCUAUUGCAUAUCUUGAGUGUCCCUCCAUAUUUGGAGUUUAUCCUGCUGACCCCAUGCUCAGUCCUGGGCAAUUCUGAGGUUCUAGCAAGAGAUGUCACAAGACAUACUCCAUCCUUGUGCCCUCUCCUGGGCUAUUUAUAUUAAAUGUAGAAACUCACAAGCAAGGAGUUUUUACAGUCUUAUUCCUGUGCCUUGUUUUCUUCUUGCUCUUAAUUUAUAUUUUCUUAUAUUAUGUAUCCAUUAAAAUCACUUUAAAUGCUUCUUGGGAACAGCACAGUGUAUAAAUAAAAAAUAAAAUGUACUAGGCUGAGGAUUCUACCCCAAAUAAAUAUCUGCUUUUCUACUUUGGUGCACUUGAUUGGAUUAAGCCUCCUUCCCCACUAAAGCUCAGAGAAAAGCCUGGCCAACCUGGGUAGUUCUGGAGCCAUCAUUCUCUUGGCACUACUCAGAUUUCUCAAGCAGAAGCAUCCAGGCAGGUCUUGCCUCUCAGCCCCAGGAGGAAAGAGCUGUGUGUGCCCUCCCUGUAACAACCUCUACUACCUUCUCUCAUUUUCUGCAGCCCCUUUGGAGGCUUCGUAAAUCCAUUUGUACUUGAUGUGGAGACCCACCCUGAGCAUAUUGGGAGGAGGUAGCCUGAGUGGAGGGCGGGUUGUGUUCUUCAAGAGUAUUCGUAUGUGCUCAAUUUGUAGCCUAUUAACAUUCAUUUUUCCCACUCUUGUUAACUUAAUUCCAUGUGGAGAAAAUAGGUUAAAUUUCUGCAUUGGACAAAGGUUUCCUUUAUUGAUAUCCAUGUGUAAGGGCCAAAUGUAGCAAAACAGGAAAAAAGAUUUUAACAGAUAAUAUAGACAGAAAAAUUCAGUAGGCGAGGGACUUCUGGUUGGAACAAGAUGGCACUGCCUGCUCUUCUCUGUUAAGUACAACUUCAUACAUCUUGGAAAUGGCACAAGAGACAACCAGAGGUUAACUAUGAAGGAUGUUAAGAAGGUAGCCAUCUAGUUUGGGAACCCAGGACCAGAAGAACAGCACAGAGGCAAGGCAUCUUGCAUCUCCUUAAACAAUAGAAGGUGUUUUCUGACUUCCCACCUAGCAACAGAAGGUAGUCUGCUACUAGCUUGUUCAUCCCAUUGGAUCUAAUGGAGUCCCUCUGGCAACCUCAGGCAAGGAUACAGAUUGGGAGUCCUGCAAAAAAAUAAGUGACCAGGGGAAGUACUCUCCUGCCUGCUGGGGCAGAGAUUCUUGUUUUCUGAGGAGAGAUACUGAGAUGGGCAGGAAGAAUCAGUAAGAGAAACCCAGGAAAACCGAGUGGUCCAGUUGGGGAAGCCUCUUUGUGCAGGCCUGAGACUCUUCUCCCUUGCAGGAACAUGAAGAGGGAACUUUCACAGCCAGCAGCCCUGCAGCUAGCAGCUUCAAUGUGGAAGCCACUUUGUGGAACUGAGACUGUCGGCCCAGAGAAACCUGAUCAGCUGGGGAACACCAGCAGGAAGAUUCCUCACACCCUUCCCUCACCAAGAGAUAUCUGGCAACCUGGGCAGGGAAAUUCCUCCUGCUCCCUCAGGCAGUACCUACAGAGACUAGUGGAGGGCCCCAGCAACACCAAAUAACCAAGCAGACCAAACUAGCACUACAGGGCUCUGAAAAUUAAAUUGCCAUUAGAAUCACAACCCACAAAAGUAGGCUAAGACAUAUAUGCUAAACCUAAAGAAUAACUUGCUAUAAAAUAAAAUAUUUAUAUAGAGCUCAGAGUCUCCUAACAUAAUAGACAAAAUGUCUGGAAUACAAACCAAGAACCAAGAAAAUAACAACUGAAAUGAAAAAGGAAAUCAACUGAUGCCAACACUGAGAUGAAUCAGAUGUUGAAAAUAUCUGAUAAGAAUUUGAAAGCAGACAUCAUAUAAAUGCUACGAUAAUUAUAAAUUAUUUUGAAACAAAUGAAAAAAAUCUCGGAAAAGAAAUAGAAAUUAUAUUUUAAAAGAAAUGAAUGGAAAUUAUAGAAGUGAAAAAUACAAUAACCAAAACUGAAAACUCACCAGAUAGGCUCAGUAGUGCAAUAGAUAUCAUAGAGGAUAAAAUCUGUGAACUUGAGGACAGAAGAAUAGAAUUUACCCCAUUUGAACAAUAGAACAUAAACUACAAAAAAUGAACAGACCUCAGGGACCUAUGAGACAAUAACAAAAUAUUAUUUAUAUCACUGGAAUUAGAGGAGAAAAAAGGGUAGGGAUGAAUGAAUAAUUGAAGAAAUAAUGGCUGAAAAUGUCCCAAAUUUAAUGGAAGACACCAACCUAGAGAUCCAAGAAGCUGAAUGAAUCCCAAAGAUAAAAAAUCUAAAGAAAUCCAUGUGAGGGUACACCAUAAUUAAACUUUUGAAAACUGAAGACAAAAAAAGCCUGAGAGAGCAGCCAGAGAGAAAUAAUGCAUUACCUGUAGGGAAACAUCAAUUUGAAUGGAUUUCUCAUCUGAAAUCAUAAAUAAGGAAGUGGCCAAAUAUUUUUUUAAGUGCUGAAAGAAAAGAAGUGUCAAUCCAUAAUUCUAUAUCUGGCAAAACUAUCAAGAGUCAAGGGAGGAGAAAAACAUUCACAGAUGAAUGAAAACUAAAAUAUUUUGUCACUAGCAGACCAACCCUUAAAAGACUGGCUAAUAAAGGAAGUUCUUCAAACAGACAGGAAAUUAUAAAAGAAGGAAACUUAGAGCAUCAGGAAGGAAUAAACAAUAGAAAAAGCAGAAAUAUUGGUUCAUAUAAUAGGCAACUCCUUUCCUUAUGAGUUUUAUAAAUCAUAUUUGAUGAUUGAAACAAAAAUGGUAAUGCCAUCUGAUACUCAAAACUGAUACUUAAAGAAAACCAAAGGGAUCUAAAUGGAAGUGAGGUUUCUAUGCUUUAUUCAAAGUGGUAAAUGUUGAUCCCAGAACAUUGUUAUAAGUAGCAUGUGUAACAUCCAAUGCAACUACUAUGAAAACUAUACAAGAUGUAAACUCAAAAGUACUAUAAAUAAAUCAAGAUGAAAUCCUAAAAUAUAUUCAAGUAAAUUGCAGAAAGACAAAGAGA